UUGGUUGACAUAUACGGACUAAAUGAAGUAGAACCAUUUGCCGAUCAAUUUUCAUCCAUCAUUUGUACCACCAGUGGGACUACCGCUGCCAUACCAGUAACCUCCGUUGGCCGGAGUUCCACCGGUCUAAAUUUUGAUCCUUUUGCACCAGAGCCUACAGCCAGUCCUUGCUUCAGUGGAACUGCCAACCUACCCACCAGUGUUCCUGCCAGUAUUGGUGACCAAUCUCCCCACCUUGGUGACCUUUUGGACGAACUUGACCCAUUGGCACCUGGCAUGACAAGCAUCUUGACUACUUCGAAUCUUUUAAGCUUUGAUGACAACAAUGGUACUAGCUCAAGGAGCGACAGAAGAAGUAGCAAUAUCGAGUAUAACUGUAAUGAUAGCGAUAGAAUAUGCAUAGACUUUGGGCAGAAUGAAGAUGGAGGCCUUAGAAGACAAGAUGAACAUAUGGUGGCUGGCGGAGAUGAGGAAGAGGGUGAGGAAGGAGAUGAAGAAGACACGAAUGUUGACAUCAAUUCGCGUAAUGCUCUUCGCCAGACACCCUUGCACUUAGCUGUGAGCCGGAGGCAUUUUGAUAUGGUAAAAUGUCUUCUCGAGGAGUUCUCCGCUCUGCCGAACUUGCAAGUUGGUCCACAUUUUUAUUUUUUUUAA